AUGGGACGCUUUCGCUUUCUCGGCAAUCCAAAAGGUCUUAUCUAUUGUGUUUUCUUCGUUUGGGUUUCCAGCCCUGCUUCUUCGCUUCCCGUGGGCAACCCCGUCUGCCGACCCAACGAGCCCGCAAGAGAGCAGUCGGUUUUGGUGUUUCUACACUCCUGGAACCGUCAUGAGGCAGUGGGCAGUGGUUUGUUGGAACAUUUUCAGACCAAGCAGGCAGGUGCCAGGCCGCGGAACCAUGAUGACUUCAGGGAGUGUCAUUUCAGAGCCACUUCCGAAGCUGCUUCGGUCGGUGUGCCGCGGAGGAUUUGCUUGGCGUUCGGACCGAUUGGCCGAAAGCAGGGCAGACGUGCAACAGCCUUGCCCUUAAGAGAGCGUGUUUGA